AUGCAGCCGGCCUCCAAGUUCCCCACAUCCCCAGCCGGCCUCCAAGGUCCCCACAUCCUCAUGCAGCCGGCCCCAAGGUCCCCACAUCCCCAGCCGGCUCCCAAGGUCCCCACAUCCCCAGCCGGCCUCCAAGGUCCCCACAUCCUCAUGCAGCCGGCCCCAAAGUCCCCACAUCUCCAGCCGGCUCCCAAGGUCCCCACAUCCCAAGCCGGCCCCCAAAGUCCCCACAUCCCAAGCCGGCCUCCAAGGUCCCCACAUCCUCAUGCAGCCGGCCCCCAAGGUCCCCACAUCCCCAGCCGGCCUCCAAGGUCCCCACAUCCUCAUGCAGCCGGCCCCAAGGUCCCCACAUCCCCAGCCGGCCUCCAAGGUCCCCACAUCCUCAUGCAGCCGGCCCCAAGGUCCCCACAUCCCCAGCCGGCCUCCAAGGUCCCCACAUCCCCAGCCGGCCUCCAAGGUCCCCACAUUCCCAGCCGGCCUCCAAGGUCCCCACAUCCUCAUGCAGCCGGCCCCAAGGUCCCCACAUCCCCAGCCGGCCUCCAAGGUCCCCACAUCCUCAUGCAGCCGGCCCCAAGGUCCCCACAUCCUCAUGCAGCCGGCCCCAAGGUCCCCACAUCCCCAGCCGGCCCCCAAUGGGAAAUGAGAAGAUGGGAGAGUGGAGCAGAGAGACGUCAAGCUGGAAGCAAGACACGAUAG